CGAUCGAUUUUCAUUCAUUCGGCGGUUCAGUUUUUUCAGUACCUAGUAAAUAUAUGACUUUUAUUGCAGUUCAGAUGUGGAUGGAUACCAGUAUGCCCAUACCGUUGUAAGUUUAAGAAGUAAGCCAAAUAUAUUCGCUUGCAAUAUUUCGUCGAUUGUCUUUUCUUCAGAAUCGAAUGUGGGCAAAAACACGUCAAACAUACGGCCAAUGUGUGGGAGCAGAUCCAAACAGGAACUAUGACUUUCAUCAUGGUGGUAAUUCAAUCAUAAAAUUUUUAUGUAAAAAUGACACUCAACAUGAGAUGUCGAAUUUCAGAGGUUGGCGCUCCAAAUGAUCCGUGUUCAGAAAACUAUGCCGGUCCAUCAGCAUAUUCCGCUCAAUGGUCGAAUUCAUCAACGCAACUGAAAGCAUUAAACUUUAUCUUACGUUCCAUUCCUACGAUCAAAAGCUACUCUUCCCCAAUGGAUACACAAAUGAGUCAAUACCUGAAUACAACAACUUGAUACAAAUUGGUGGAAAAGCGUUAGGAGCAAUUAAAGGUCGAUUCGGUAGUGAAUACACAUGUGGAAAUUCAAACGAAGAUUAUCCAUCUUCGGGUGAGACUAUCGAUUGGGUUUAUGGCGUCAAAAAAGUGCCACUUGUUUAUAAAAUUGAACUCCGUGAUAAAGGAAAACAUGGAUUCGUCUUGCCAGCGGAUCAAAUCAUACCGAAUGCCAUAGAAGUACUUAACGGUUUGAAAGCAAUGGUAAAAGAAGCCAAGGCAUUAAAGUAUUUGUAG